AUGGAACGGCUAUUCAGAAACUACACUGAAGAGAUCCUCCCGCGAUUCCCCUGUUUCUCGGAGGCAGAGCUAGCCUACCAGUUUAACCACACAUGCAUCAACAGCGCUGAACCGGGGCUUUCCCGCGUUCAAGAUGCCCUUUCUCGAUUCGUCAUCUCGAUGAUCAUGGCAAUUAGUGCCCUCAACUCAAAAAACCAAGACUUUCGUAAAGUCGCGGCUCUCAGUGAGGCUCUACACGCGGACGCCAUGAAGUACGUCGACGAGUUGCUGCGUGAAUGUUCCAUCUCGGCUUUACAGUGUCUGAUACUGCUUAUACAACUUGCGCUGUUGCUACCUCAAACUUCCAAUCUAUGGUAUCUCACCGGAGAGGCUAUGCGCAUGGCUGUAAACCUUGGACUGCAUCAAGAGCCAGAACCACGCAUCUUUAGAGAUAGAGCACACGCGGAGCAGCGCCGACGCAUCUUUUGGGUUGUCUACCAGCUCGACAGAAUCGUCUCCAUCUCUGGAGGAUGUCCAGUUGCCUUGAGUGAUGAGCACAUUACAACCAGGCUUCCCUACGACUUCGGCGACUUGUCUGACUUGGCAGAAAGGGCCGAUUCAAAGCGAGUCAGCAACCCAAAAGAGCGGCAGUUCCUCCUUGACCUCCAAGUCUGCAUCAUGAAAUCCGAGAUCCAGGCAACUCAAUUCUUCGACCGCCCUGUUCCAAAUCAAUCGGGUUCCCACGACGAUUGGAUCGAGCAGAUGAAUAUUAGAACACAACGCCUCUCUCAUGGGGCCUCGGCGCACGGAGGCCCGCACUCAUCGUUGGUUGCUAGUUGUUUCCAAUGCCAAGUCAUGCUACACCGUCCUUGCUCCCGCAACAUCGCCGUUUCCGAAACAUCUCUGGUAUCCGUGGUCAAGGCGGCCGUCGAGCUGAUAUCACUGGAUGCGAAAGCAGCCGAGUCCGGCGGUAUUGUCAUGGUAUUUGAGAUCGGCAACAGAAUUUUCCAAGCGGGCAUGCUCUUGCUCUACGCCCUUCGGAACCAUGCUACAACGUUACAGCGUGCGUCACUCGCAGACAUUGCCACAGCCUCAUUGAAAAGUCUCUCAGUACUUCUUAACAACCUCUCAAGCAGAUGGCCACCUCUAUCCGACACAGCAAGCUACAUCAACGAACUAAUCGAAACGAACCUCCGCAACCCGCUCGGCCACAACGGAAGCCACUACGACAUGCAAGUCCUCGAAGAACUCGACUGUCUAGUCACCCAGCGACGAAUCCACAGCAUCCGCCACCGAAACAUCCCCUUCCCGCCUCCAAAGAAACCCACGCCUUCUCCCUCGGAACCAGAAAACAUCACUUCCAAAACGCUAUCAGCUCUCUCCCAACCACCUGCGCCCACGCCUCCCGCACCGAAAACGUCAGUCUACUUCAACGAACCCUCCUCAUCUGCGUCUACACCCUCCUCGAACCCAGAGCAGGAGAUGUCUGGCGACAUCUGGGCUUCGCCAUCCGCCUCUUUCUCGACUUGUCGCAUCGGCCAUCGAUGGAGGAAGACGAGGACCAUGGUGUGUUUUGCAUGCUUACUAGGACUUUGUACACUCUCGAGAGCCAUGUUUCGAUUGCCUUUGGUCGACCAAGUCUACUCGUCAUCGGAGACGAUCUCCGUCGCGAGCUCGUAGAAAAGAGCGGCAACAGCCUCCAAGAUGAGAUCUCAAUCUCUUCAUACCAAGUAUCCCUCCUCAAAAUGCAGAUCCACAGCACAAUUUUGUCUCGCGAACGCAAGGCUUCAGUCAUCCACGAGACUCAACCCCUUCGAGAAAUGUGCGAAACCUACCGCCAAAGUCUUGACUCAUGGUUCGCGAGAUGGAGAGAAAUCGUAAGUCCAACUUCUUCGGCAUCUGCGACUCCAUCUUCAACACCACAGAGUCACGUUCUCCAAGAAACCCUGCUCUCAUGGGGCUCGCUGCACUACCACCACGGCAUGUCCCUCAUCACAACCCUCUGGCCAACACCGGGCGGAGAUCCAUCCACCAUUUGCGGCGGUGUGAGCAACGCGGGGUUACAACUCGUUCGUCACCAGCAGCUUUUUGCAAAUCUCAUCUGCGAGGGAGCACCAUCGGGUGAAGGAGACGUCGUAGUGUUCCCUUGCGAGUGGACCAUGGCUCAUCUGGUGCUCCAAGUUGGUCUCCGCGCUAUAGGAGAGAAAGACAAAUCGGUCGUCGGCGGGAAGAACGAGGACCCGUCACUGGCAC